AGCAGGGAAGCUUUGGAACAUGACCUGAGCUAUGCUAGCAGCCGCCCACUAGGGGGUGAUAAAUCAAAGACUGGUUGCUGCUGUAUCUGUAAUGAUAAAAGGAAGAAGAUGUCUUUCUGUUGGUGGUAUCGGCUGGUGUAAUAGCGCUUAUGGUCCAUUCAGUGAAUGAACCUUCUUGUAGUGGCAAUAUUUAAGGACAGACGUAACAAUUUAGUCCAGGUUAGCUUGUUUGUAGCCGUUUACAGCGUCUAAAUGAGAGGACGUUAGACGGCUGUAUUGCUUUUAGAAAUGGCUGCCGAUGAAAUUGACUACAAUAUUGUGUUUCCAGAUGCAGGCACAUCAGAGAGACACUGGCAGGGGACAAAGGAGCCAGUUGUAAUCCUGUUGGGCUGGGCUGGUUGCAAGGACAAACACCUCUCCAAGUACAGCUCCAUCUACAAUGACAAGGGAUGCGUCACCAUUCGCUACACUGCUCCUCUGAAGACCGUCUUCAUCUCUGAGACGUUUGGCUACAAGGAGCUGAGCAGCACUGCCCUCAAGCUGCUGGAGAUCCUCUACGACUACGAAGUGGAGAACAGCCCCGUCUUCUUCCACGUCUUCAGUAACGGCGGCUUCAUGCUCUACCGUUACAUUGUGGAGCUGCUGCACAGCGACAAACAGUUCAGCUCGCUUCGUGUGGUCGGGGCGGUGGUGGACAGCGCCCCAGGUAGUGGAAACAUCCGAGGUGCCCUGCGUGCACUUACAGCUACCCUGGGGUCCAAAAUAAGCCCUCUUUUAAAGUACAUCCUCCUGACACUUUUCGCAGUGAGCGUUUUCCUCCUGCGAAUUGUGCUGUACCCAAUGACAAAGUUCAUCCAUAAAAACCACUAUGAUGCGGUGCGAGAUAGGCCGCCCGCCUGGCCCCACCUUCUCCUGUACUCUAAUGCGGACCAGGUGAUCAGGCACAGGGACAUCGAGCUUUUUAUGGAGAGUGUGUCAAAGAAGGGCGUCCCUGUGCAAAGCUGUGAUUUUACCUCCAGCGCCCAUGUCUGUCAUUUCCGUGAUUUCCCUGAGCAGUACGCUCGCUUGUGUCGCGACUUCCUGGUGGUUUGCAUGAAGGAGUCGGAAGGACCCGAAAUAAAAAAGAGACAUCAUGUUCAGAGUCAGUGAAACGUUACUACGCAGUCCUCUAGAGUUUGACGAAAAAUGAAAAACUCUAAGUAAUAUGACAACUUACAGUUUUUGUACCUGCAGUGGUUUAAAAAAUCAAAGGAAUUGUAACACCUUCUUCUCCUAACUUCAGCUAGAUUUCAGGUUUUAGUCCCAGUGCCCUGAAAGGGAAUGUUCCAUUUGUGUGUCUACUCUGAAUUUGUUUUAACAACUUAGUUGAAAUGGGUGGGUAUGGAUAACAUCAGAAAUAUCAUGGUUUCACAAUAUAUUCACAUAGAGAUUUAAAACAAACAUCUAUA